AUGGCUUCCCUUGCUGCAGCAAAUGCAGAAUUUUGCUUCAACCUCUUCCGAGAGAUCGACAACAACCAAGGCAGUGGAAAUGUGAUCUUUUCCUCUCUGAGCCUGUUCACCGCCCUGGCCCUGAUCCGUCUGGGGGCUCGAGGAGACUGUGCUUCUCAGAUUGAUAAGUUGCUUCAUUUUAAUGCCGUCUCAGGACAGAGAAACUCUUCUGAUAAUCAGCCAGCCCUCCAAUCUCAACUGAAAAGAGUUCUCUCAGACAUAAAUACAUUCCACGACGGUUACCAGCUCAGCAUUGCCAAUGGUGUUUUUGCAGAAAAAGUGUUUGACUUUCAUAAGGACUACCUUGAGUGUGCUGAAAAAUUAUAUGGUGCCCUUGUGGAACGGGUCGACUUUACAAAUGAUGUAGAAGAUACCAGAUAUAAAAUUAAUAAAUGGAUUGAACACAAGACACAUGGCAAAAUCAAGAAUGUUAUUCCUGAGGGCAGCAUCAGCUCGACAGCUGUAAUGGUGCUGGUGAAUGCUAUACACUUCAAAGGCAAAUGGGAAUCAGCGUUUACCAAGAGUGAAACUGUAACUCACCGGUUCAAAUCUCCCACGUGUCCUGGGAAAGCAGUCCGCAUGAUGCAUCAGGAAAGGAAGUUCAACUUGUCUGUCAUUGAGGAACCACCUAUGCAGGUUCUUGAACUCAAAUACCAAGGUGGCCUGGGCAUGUACAUUAUGCUGCCCAACACAGGUGCAUUGCAGGUGGAAAUCGAACUGACCUUUGAGAAACUAAGGGAAUGGACCAAUCCAAGAAAAAUGAGCUCUAAGUAUGUUGAGGUGUUUCUUCCUCGAUUCAAGAUAGAGAAAAAUUAUGAAACCAAACACUAUUUAGAAACUCUGGGUCUGACAGAUAUCUUUGAUGAAUCCAGAGCAGAUCUUUCUGGCAUAGCUUCCGGAGGCCGUCUAUAUUUGUCGAAACUGAUGCACAAGUCAUACAUUGAGGUUACAGAGGAGGGCACUGAGGCCGCUGCUGCCACGGGAAGUAACGUUGUAGAGAAGCAACUGCCUGAGUCAGUGGUGUUUAGAGCUGAUCGCCCUUUCCUAUUCGUCAUCAGGAAGAGUGACAUCAUCUUGUUUAGUGGCAAAGUCUCUUGCCCUUGA